AUGCCAACAGCGUCGGAGUUGGACAAACUUCGGCGUGAGCGGGCGGCACGGUACAGGCAGCUCAGUGAGGCGGAAAAGCCUCGUGUGGAGCCGUGCCCGCACUGCCACGAGCUUCCCUACAAGAAGGAGGUUUGCCCGGAGACUGGCAUAUUUCACCACCGCGAGCGACACACCAUUGUGGGGGGUGCCGUUGUGCAGUCCAACAUCCUCCGCUCCUCGGAGCUCAUGGAGGCCAUCGAUCGCUCACGUGUGCGGUGGGUGGAGAGCCGGACGCAACUGGUGCGCGCGGAUGCCGUGUCGCUGAACCUAUUUCAGAGCUUUGUGCGGCAGCUGGACUGGUCGCUGCAGCGCUACGGCAUUCUCUACGGCAAGUACGACGCCAACCUCAUGACAAUUGAGGUGCACGCGGUGUACGAGCCUGAGCAGCACGGGGACGCGUAUACGUUUCAUUGCCUCCCUGACAAGCGUCUCCGAAACGUGGACCGCAUCGCGGAGUUGUUGGGUCUCCGCCGUGUGGGUGCCGUCUGCACACAUCCGCCACGUGAUGUGGAACAGAUUGUGCUCAGUUCCCGCGAGAUGCUGCUGUGCGCCAGCGAGCAGUCGCGUUUUGGCGACGAGUGUGUUCUGCUCACAAUGAGCCCCAGUCUCACGACGGGCCGCAUUGAGUGCCAGGCGUGGCAGACGUCGCCUCAGGCGGUGCACUUCUAUCGUCUUGGCGUGUUGCGGGAGAAGUCGGACAACACCGCGGACCUCGAGAGUGCCAUGUGCGUGUACAGCAGCAUCCCGCUCGAGGUAGCGCAGCAGGACACCGACGAGAAGGGCCACCCGCGUGUUGUGACACGGGCACCCAGCCACGACAUCGAUACGCGUUGGUUCACUAGCUACGUUGCGGUGCAGCAGUUUGAGUCGCCAGUGGUGCGAAACCUUUUCGUGCGUGUGUCGCGGCCCGGCAUGGAGCCACCAACAAUGGCCAACCUGCGUAACUACAUGGAUGACCCAAAACGGCGCAAUGCAUCGCUGCUAGAAAAACUUGCCGACUUUCACGUGCUUAUUUUCCUCGCGGAAACCAUUUUCUCCUUGACGGAUGACAUGCCAGUGAUUAUUGGUGCCAUGACGAAGCGUCGGCCGGAGGCCGAUGCGGUACACUACGGGGACCUUUUGAAAUCAUACAUGAAUUCUUGA